AUGACUACAAGUAUUAGAAGAGAAAAAAAUAAUAAUUCAAAACCAUCAGAGGCCACCAAAGACCAUCAGAGACCAUCAGAGACCAUCAGAGACCACCAGAGACCAUCAGAGGCCACCAGAGACCAUCAGAGACCACCAGAGACCAUCAGAGACCACCAGAGACCACCAGAGACCAUCAGAGACCACCAGAGACCAUCAGAGGCCACCAAAGACCACCAAAGACCAUCAGAGACCACCAGAGACCAUCAGAGGCCACCAAAGACCAUCAGAGACCACCAGAGACCAUCAGAGGCCACCAGAGACCAUCAGAGGCCACCAGAGACCAUCAGAGACCACCAGAGACCAUCAGAGACCACCAGAGACCAUCAGAGGCCACCAAAGACCACCAGAGACCAUCAGAGGCCACCAGAGACCAUCAGAGGCCACCAGAGACCAUCAGAGGCCACCAGAGACCAUCAGAGGCCACCAGAGACCAUCAGAGGCCACCAGAGACCAUCAGAGGCCACCAGAGACCAUCAGAGGCCACCAGAGGCCACCAGAGGCCACCAAAGACCAUCAGAGGCCACCAGAGACCAUCAGAGGCCACCAGAGACCAUCAGAGGCCACCAGAGACCAUCAGAGGCCACAAUACAGGCCAAGAAGACCACUAUAUUCCAUUAA